UGGGUGGGGCGAUCUCGCGAGAGGGUGGGUUUUCCGGCUUCUUCCGGCUGGCGGUCGUGGUACUCACUUCCGGGUGUUGCGUGUGUGCGGGUGGCAGUGAGGUGAGAGAGGGCGCUCGGAGCGUCCCUGGGCCAGAAGCGCCUAGGAGAGCGACUAGGUUUGGGGACCGAGGCCUAAGCGCCAGGUCCAGGGCUCGGAACCAGGGCCAGGGAACGAGAGUCAGAACCGGGGACCACGGCCAGGCCUUGGGCCAGAGAUCAGGGCCCCAGUUCCGACACCAGGCCCUAAGCCUGGGAAUCGGGACUCACGGUCAGGGGCUGAGAUCCAGAGACCGGACCUAGGGCCCAGGAACCGACCCCGGGGAGCAGGCAGUUAGGCUAGGAAGUGAGGACCAGCCCUGGAAACUAGGCCCAGAGCCCAGGGUUGGGCCUAGGAGAGCGACUAGGUUUGGGGACUGAGGCACAGGGACCGAGGUCCAGGGCUCGGAACGUGCUCCUACAAGUCAGCCAUAAGACAGAGCCCAGGGACCAGCACAGAGCCACACCAAGUGACUGCUUUUGUUGUUGUAAGAACACAAGUAAGCGGUAACUUCCAUAACAAGGCAAGCACCAGAUGCACACCAAAGCAGGAGGCAACAAGGCUCCCAGCCCUUCCUGGCUCCCAGUCCCAGUCACUGUGGAAAACUGGAUCCUUUGAAAACUCUUCAUCUUUCACUUAUCUACUCUAACCUGAGCUGGAGCCCGCUUUGUGCCUGUAAUGCAAUGGGAUGCGCCACAAGGCAGCAGAGCAGCAAGAUCCCAGGCUGCAGUGAGUGAGGAUCUGCUCACACCCAACAGCAGUGGGUACAGAAGUAAGGGAAAAAGGCUGCUUACCUCAGAAGGCCUGUAAGGUCCUCGGGUAGGCAGGGAUCUCCAGAUGAGAUACCAUUAUCUCUGCUGCCAACCCUUAAAUGACGUUUGGGAAGGGAUGGAUCCUGGCUCCACCCCUUCUAGUGACUCUGGCGCAUUACUUCAUUACUUGCAUCUAAGCUCCCCUGGGUUGGCCCUGCUUUCUUAUGAGGUGAUCAGUCACUGGUUCAAGCCAUGACUUAACAUUUCCCCUACAGUCCCAUAGGGUGCUGUAAGGCACUUAAUGAAUCCAGAGGAAGAGUAAGCCAAAAGUAAGAAAGGGGAAAGGGAAAGCUGGGAUUAAGAGUGGGAAGGCAACGGGCAUUGGCUUGGUUUCCCCUUAAUCCCCCAGUCUUGGAAUCGUGAAAAUUGGCAAAUCUGUUUCCCUCUACUUUAACUACUGGAUCACAAUACAGAUAUUCUUUUGCAAGUUUCAAAGGAGCUAUCCGGAAUUGGUCUGGAUGUCAAUUGGAUCAGAUCUGCACAUAGGAAUUUCCCAGGAACUACAGGCUCGGGGUGCAGAAGGCACCAGCACCCAUGAGAAACACAAAGUCUUCAGCAUCCUGGAGAGCACUGCCAGGAGACAAACCCUGUCCCAAACACAGAAGUGUCCUGCUAGCUUCUGCUCCAGGCCUUACCUUCACCGCUCUGCGCGGCAGGUGCCUUGGCCCUGUGGCCAUCCCAGAAGAAACGCAGGGCAGCAAUGAGCCGGUGCAGGAAGCACACCAUGUACUCUGGUGGGCACAACACAGUCAAGUUCUAGGGCAACAAUGAGAGUUGAGCCAUUAGGGCAGCUGUGAAGGUGCUGCUUAGUCCCGGUGGCCACAAGGGCCAGGCAGAAACUUCCUGUUCUCAUUCUUGCUCAAAGCACAUGCACCCAUUUGCAAAGAGCACCUCUAGUUUCCAGCACUGGGAUGGAGCCCAGCCCUGACAGCAUGUAGCUGCUUCCACCGCUGUAAAAUCCCUGGCUCUACAAUAACAAGCUGGUCUGACAGAGGAGGAUGGAUAGCACUUGUUCCACCACUGAAGAUGGGCUGCUCAUUAACACAGACAGGCAGGUGAGGAAAGGGUUUCCUGCAAUAGCACAUCCCCACCUUCCCUAGCUGCAGGCCAUCAGCCUGAGCCAAGGCCAGAAGAGUGGUGCUCACCCAGGUGGUGAAGGGGAUGCCAAAACCAGCAGGAAAACUGAGUGCUUCACAGCCACACUUGAGAGAUUUCAGCAGGAUAUCUGACUUACACCCAAGGCUGCUCCCAAGGAUAGUUUUCCACCUAAAUCACUGCACAGGACCUGGUCUGCACUCACAGCAGACGGCAGCACAACCAUGGAUGCUCCGGUGCUCCCGAUGCCAGCCCCGCUCUGCCUGGUGAACAACAAGGAUGGCAAGCUGUCCCUCGACCCCACAGCACUGGAAGUGCUGCGUGGCGUCACCCAGCCCCUGGUGGUGGUGGCCAUCGCCGGGCUGUACCGCACCGGGAAGUCCUUCCUGAUGAACCGGCUGGCACAGAAGCGCACAGGCUUCCCACUGGGCCCCACGGUGCAUGCGGAGACCAAGGGCAUCUGGAUGUGGUGCGUACCCCACCCGCGCCGGCCUGGCGUGAUGUUGUUGCUGCUGGACACUGAGGGGCUGGGAGACCCCAACAAGGAUGACGAUGACAGCGAUGCCUGGAUCUUCACGCUGGCGCUGCUGCUCUCCAGCACCCUGGUGUACAACAGCGUGGGCACCAUCGACCAGCGGGCGCUGGAGCAGCUGCGGCUGGUAACGGAGCUGACAAAGCACGUGCGCGUGCAGGAGGAGGAUGACAACCCAGCAUCCAACUUUGUCCGCAUCUUCCCUGGCUUCGUCUGGACCGUGCGUGACUUCACGCUGCAGCUGCGGGCCGGUGAGAAGACCAUGAGCGAGGACGAGUACCUGGAGGACAUGCUGCGACUGCAGACCGGGAACGGGCACAGGGCCCAGGAGCGCAAUGAGCUGCGGCACUGCCUGCGCAACUUCUUCCCCCGCCGCAAGCUGUUCACGCUGGAGCGACCGGCGGCUGACGCAGAUCUGUCGCGGCUGGAGGAGCUGCGGGAGGACGAGCUACGGCCGGGCUUCCGGAAACAGGUGGACGCCUUCUGCCGGUACAUCUGGGAGGAGGCACCGGUGAAGGUGUUGCCGGGUGGGCACCAGGUGACGGGCAGCGUGCUGGCGGGCCUGGUGGAGAAAUACGUGGCGGCCAUAACCAGCGGUGAUGUGCCCUGCGUGGAGAGCGCAGUGACAGCGCUGGCACGGGCCGAGAACACCGCAGCAGUGGAGGCGGCAGUGGCCGAGUACCAGCGAGGCAUGGAGCAGGGCCUGGUGCUGCCCACGGCCUCCUAUGACAUGCUGGUGGCCGUGCAUCGGGACUGGGAGCAACGCGCCAUCGCCCUCUUCCUGUCCCGUGCCUUUGCCGACAAUGGGCUGGAGGAACAGGA